UGAUUGGGAGCAGGAGGCAGGGGCAGCCGGCUGGCCCACAAGGACCAUGGGGAAUGGCAUGAACAAGGUUCUUCCUGGACUCUAUCUGGGCAACUUCAUUGAUGCCAAAGACCCAGACCAGCUGAGCAGGAAUAAAAUCACGCACAUCAUCUCCAUCCACGAGUCUCCCCAGCCCUUGCUGCAGGACAUCACCUAUCUUCGGAUCCCAGUGCCUGACACCCCUGAAGUCCCUAUUAAGAAGCACUUCAAAGAAUGCAUCAAUUUCAUCCACUACUGUCGCCUCAGUGGAGGGACCUGCCUCGUGCACUGCUUUGCGGGCAUCUCCCGAAGUGCCACCAUUGUGACAGCCUACGUGAUGACGGUGACAGGACUGGGCUGGCGCGAGGUUCUGGAGGCAGUAAAAGCGGUCCGCCCCAUCGCCAAUCCCAACCCAGGCUUCAAGCAGCAGCUGGAAGAGUAUGGCUGGGGCCACGCCAAGAAGCUUCGCAGGCAACUAGAGGAGAGGUAUGGAGAGAGUCCAUUCAACGAUGAAGAGGAGAUCCGGGCCUUGCUACCCCUAUGUAAACGCUGCCGGGAGGCAUCCCCAUCAGGCAGCGCUGAGGGUACCCUGCAGAGACUGGUCCCCCGACCCCCUCGAGAGGUCCGGAGGCCUCUCCCUCUUCUCACCCGAGUCAAGCAGACUUUCUCCUGCAUCCCCAGGUGUCUAUCCCGGAAAGGGGGGAAGUGAUGGCUCUAAGUUAUAUCCAGACCCUUAUUUACAAAGCUGAGUUGGGUGGGAGUCAGGCUUAGGACCCAGGAGUGUCAAGGCAGAGAACUGGAAGGAUGGUCAAGAUCAGGUUACAGCAGAGACACACAGCUGGGAGCAGCCUUGUGGUUUGGGCUGAUGCAGAUACCCCUGCCUGCCCAAAGAAGAGCAGACCAUUCCUGGGCUUGAACUCACUAUGCCUAUUCCUGCUGAUGGUUUCUCCUUCCUACCUGUUUGUGUCUCUCACUUGUCUCUUGCCUCCCUCUUGUCUCCAUGUUUGUGUUGGUUGCCUCUGGCCCCUAAGUACCAUAGGGUCCAAAGGAAGGUCCCAGUCUCCCUCACCCCAUAAAAGAUGGUCCCAGAUCUGAGCUUCUGGGCCAUGCCACCUGAUUCCCUGGGUCCCACAUGUCUGGGUCUGGUGUCUGUGAGUCUGUCUCCUGUCUGCGUCUGUCUCUGUGUCCGGUCUGAUGAGGCCCUGCUGCAGUAACUGGUGCCUUAGCUCCUGAAGAGACCCAGUCUGCCUGGACUGACUGAGCCCCUGCCUUACUAAGGAAAGGAGCACGUAGGAUUUGGAGCUGGAUAAGACCUUGGAGAUAAGCUCAUCCAGUCCCACCUCUUCAUUUUACAAAUAGGGAACCUGAAGCCCAGAGAAGUAAAGAGAGUUGUCCAAGGUAGUAAGUGGCAGAGGCAAAUUCUAAUGCAGCCCCCUGACUCCAGAUUUAGAGUUUAGAGAUAGCAUCCCUGGGAGAAAGUGGAUCAGGGUGGGUUUGGUAUAUGGGCCGAGGGGAGCCAAGGAGGUUGGGCAGAACAAGAGAGACUGAAAAUGGGGGUGCAAGGAGGUGAUAAAAUUAAAAACAGUCUGAGAAUGUACUGGCAGCCAACAAGGAGCUUUCUCUUAGUACUACAGGUAUUGUUAUCCCCAUUUUACAGAUGAGAAAGUAGUCUGAGAGAGGUUAAGUGACUCACAUAUAACUAGUCAAUGUCAGAAGUGAGGUUUGAAUACUCAUCUUAAUGGACUCCAAGUCUGAUACUUUUACCACUAUACUACACUGCCUCAUUUCACAGAAGGGGAAACUGAGGCCAGAAAAAGGAAGGGGCUUGCCAAAUUUAGAACCAGAGUCAAGUUGAAGCCUUUUUCUGACUUCAAAUUUAGAGCCCCGGGAAACUCCUAGGAACACCAGUCUGGUCUCCGACCUCUUUCUAAUCAUCACCUCUGGUGGAGACUAGGAUGCUAGAGGAAAGAAAGGCAAUGCAUGAACAAAUUAAAUCUUUCAGGAACUUUUUUGGGGAGAGAAUUUCCUAUAGCCUAGGCUGAGCUCCCAACUAACGGGGCCCCAGAUUAUGCCUUAGAGUCACCCAAGCACCUCCCAAUACACUGAAGCCAGUCCAAUCUGUGACAGUGAGCCCCCAGGACCCUCACAGCUGUCAUUACCCCGAGCAGUCACCCUCAUUGAACUUCUUCCUCAGUCGCAGAGUCCCCUUUCCCCCACUCAAAAACUUUAUCAUUUCACCAAACACUUUAUUUUAUUUAAAAAAAAGUAAUGUUGGUUGCUGCUUUUGACAUCACAGUCAUUUUGGGAUAUCCUCCUUCAUUCCUUCCCACCUUCCCAUCAUUUGAUGUGCCCUCUUUCAUAAAAAAGAAAACCAGUUAACAAACCCAACCAAUACAAUGACCUUGUCUGGCAGUGUAUGCCACAUUCUUCCUUGAUAGUCCCCUGUAUCUCUACAGGAAAGAGGGAGGUGCUUCAUCAUCUAGUCUCAGGGCCAAGAUUGGUCGUUACAAUUCCAUAGAAUUGAACUUCAUUUU